GCAAGGGUUGAGCAUCUCAUCGCUUGCUCAGAUCGAAUGCCUGGCGGCGAUUCGUCUCCCAGAUGUUGGGAUGAUAACGGAUGAUCGUGAUGACCACCAUCCUGACGGACGCAUCGCUAUGGCGUGGAAAGACGGAGAUCGGGAGAUCUACCUGGAUAAAGACUGUCUAAUCAGCUUCCAGGAUAAACUCUUCACGAUCGAUAAGAUGGCUGUCAUUCUCCAUGCGGUCAACAAGACGAACCCUCGAUACGCCUUCACCAUCCUCGGCUAUGAUGGCAGAAGAUACGAGUUCGCUGACCGGGAGGUCGGUUUGCUAACUGCAAAGCUUGCUGACUUCUUCAUUCACCAGAUCGUGAUGUCCGGACCGAUCAGAAUUCCCGAAGGAUUGGCCGGACUUGGGGAGAGGCAGCUCUUUGCUAUGAUUGAAAACACCCGGUUUGGCACCUAUCGGAGAGACCCGAGCAACGUUGAGCGGCGCCUUCACCUCUCAGAGCGUCAGGCCCGUGCUUCCGCGCCGCCCGCCGGGAGGCGAGGCCGCUCACCUGGAGCUGCAGCCUUCGAGCCACAAGCCAAAGCUGGAAGAGGCCGAUCUGCCAGUCCGCGUGCUGGACGUGGCCGUGGUACAUCAUCUUCUGCCAGGUCGCCAGUCUUGAUGGAGACCCGCCAGGCCGGCGUGCUGCUUGCUCGACCUCCUCCACCACCACCUGUUCGCAACGUCACCGACUACAUCUCUGCAAUCAGGUCCGGUACGUACGGCAACUUUGCGCGUGAGCGCACUCGCAGCCGCACUCGUGCUGAUGCCGCAGAUGCAGCAGGAUCGGCGGGAGGGAUCCCAGCCCCAGCAACACCGCCGGGAGCUGGUGACUAUCAUGGGCAACAGCAGACUGGGCUGCAAAACGUGCCGAGGUCCGCGGAGAACAUCCCAAUCAGCCGCAGCCUUCAGAUCCGCGACAGGUUGACACAGUCGUGGGACGAUCACAUGCUCAACCACAACCCGGAGUUCCACUACACGUUCCCAUACGAUGGCUCCGGCAGAUUGUAUGAGCCUGAGCGGAGGCCUACAUCUGGGCCGUGCUGCGCGCCAGGGACACCCUCCACGUUCCAUUGGAGCGCGUGA